AUGGUCAGACACUUUCCCGCGGAUUUGCAUGGCGUGAAAAACGGUGGCACGCUGCACGAUAGCAUCGAAUCCGAGACCCUCGCUAUUGUUCCACCGAGAUUUGGCUUCUCGCAUAGCAGCGCAGUCUUGAGUGAACCAUGCGGCGCAACUGUUGGACCGCACGUGCCGGAUCGUCUCUUCAUCUACGACCCGCGGGCACUGCAGUUGCCUGCUGCGACGCUGCCGGAGGAUCGCGCCGCUGGAGUCGAGCAGGUGCACAAUGCGCCUGUGACGGCGCUGCCGGAUGGCCUCGUCGUCUGCGACCCGCAGGCACCGCAGGUGCCUGCUGCGGCGCUGCCCGAGGAGCGCGCUGCUGAUGAGGUCCCGGUUCAGGAUACGCCCGUGGCACUGCCGGAUGGUUCCUUCAUUUUUGACCCGCAGACACUGCAGGUGCCUACUGCGGUACCACCAGCGGAGGGUGUGGCUGGAGAUGGACCCGCGGAACGCCCGGCUGGAUCUGCGGAGCUGCCAGCGGAGGGUGCGGCUGGAGAUGGACCAGCGGAGCGCCCGGCUGGAGAUCAGCAGGCCGAGGAUGCGAUUGGUGAUACGACACUCUACAUAGAUUCAGGGGCGUCGAGCCACAUGGUGGACACACAAUCUCGCGUGUCCAAACACGUUCUGAAUCCAGUGGACUGCGCCGUUCGUAUCAUCGGGUCGUGUGGCACGUCUAGCGCUACCAAGAAAGUGAUGAACGUCAUCGUCGACGACCUCAACCUGGACGAUGUAGACGUGUAUCACACCAAGGUUGACGCUCACCUGUGGCAUCGGAGGAUGGGCCACUGCAAUCCUCGUGCGCUGCAGCAGCUGGCUGACAAGGGUUCCACCGGUAUCAGCUUCCAUCGUAACAUCGAAUCAGGUGACUGCAGUGAAUGUGCAGUUGGGGACAGCAAAAAAAGCAGCCACCCGCUGUCCGAUCGCCCCCGCUCUGAGACACGGCUUGAGAUUGUAAGCGCCGAUGUGUGGGGGAAGCACUCUGUUAACUCGUACGGGGGUCGCCAGAGCGCCGUGAUGUUUACUGACGACGCUUCGCGCAUGAGGUUCGGCUUCCCCAUCAAGACGAAAGCCGAAACGGCGGAGGCCCUCCAAUCGCUUAUCCGGGACGUUGCCGAUCCGCUUGGGCAAAGCAUCGGUACGGUGCACUGCGAUGACGGAGCAGAGUUCAAGGGCAGGUUCUUGGAGCUUUGCAAGUCGGUUGGAAUUACGGUCAACAACAGCCCCCCCUACGAUCCGCAAGGGAACGCCAUCGCGGAGCGUGGGUUUGGUACAAUCAUCGGCACUACGCGCAAGAUGCUCCUGGGGGCGCCGCACCUUCCCGGCGAGCUGUGGGCUGAGGCUUUUCGGACCGCCAUUUAUCUCAAGAAUCGCACACCGACUGACGUCCUGGGUGAUCAGGCCCCACUCGAGGUAUGGAAGAGUAAGCCGCUCGGGAAAGUGUUGCACAUCCACGAAUGGGGUUCGUUGGCGUUUAAGCACGAGGAGACGCGCUUCCGGUCGAGCAAGCUGGCGGCCAGGGCCAAGAAAAUGUACCUGGUCGGCCAAAAUCCGGAGAGGCACGACCCGUUUCCUGCGCCCAAUGUGUCUGUUCAUCAGCCUGGCGCGGUAGAAUCUAGCGAAAGCGGCGAUGAAGACACAACCCCCACAGGGCUGCCGCCGGUGGCUCCGGGACCUCGUCGAAGCGACAGGACCUCCGUGGCGCCGCAGCGGCUGAACCUGUUUACGACGGAGGAGGAUGCGUACGAGAGAAUCGAGCAUGCCCUGGUGACGGGUAGCGACGUCGGCAACAUCGGGAGUGGACGUCCCGGUGAAGUGGGUUAUAUGCCUGCCGACCCCGCCAACUACGAUGAAGCGGUGAGUGGACCGGACGCCGAACGCUGGAUGGCAAGCAUGGGCGAUGAAGAACAAUCGCUCUACGACCAUGACGUUUUCGACUGGGUUGGCGUGCCCGAGGGAGAACAACUGAUUGCGUCCAAGUUGCUAUUCAGGUGGAAGUACAAUCAAGACAACAUUCCGGUCCGCCCGAAGACUCGUGUCGUGGUGCAAGGGUUUCACGAGGCUGAUACGGGGGUGGACAAGGCCGCACCUGUGGCAAGCAUGGAAUCUGUGCACCUGGUAGUGCCUCACGCCGCGUACUACGGUCUAGUUCUCAAGCAAGCUGAUAUCGAGACUGCGUUCCUUAACUCCAGAACGCCCGAGGGUGCGAAGUCCGUCUACGUGAUUCCUCCGAAGGGUUUCAGGUGCACGCCGGAGCAAGCCAAACAAGUCUGGCGUCUCAAGGCGUGGCUGUACGGCCUGCGUCUCUCCCCGAAGGGAUGGAAUGGAACCUUUCACCAGUUCCUGCUGGAGCUAGGCUUCGUACCGAGCACUGGCGACCCGUGCCUGGACAUACUGCACGCGGGGGAAAUGAAGGAACGGUUUGAAACGGUGGACUUAGGAGAUGCGAAGUUCAUCCUGGGAAUGGCCAUCCACCGCAACCGCGACGCGGGCACUAUUCUCUUGACGCAGGAGGCAUACACCAAGGUCUGGAGGAAGAGACUGACGCCGGAUGAAACUACAAUGUUCCUGUCUGCCACGGGUUUGGCUCUAUACAUAUGUAGGAGAUCGAGGCCGGACGUUUCCCACGCGAUACUGGUGCUUACCAAGAGCAUGGCUAAGCUCGGGCCUAAGGCGUGGGCUUGGUUGAAGCGACUGAUGUGGUACCUGAAGGGAACCGCAUCGCUGGGGAAAACAUACAGCGAGGACGCAUCGAACGGAGACAAACUAACCGCUUACGUUGAUUCCGACUUUGCAGGCGACAUAGACGACAGGAAAUCAACUCGCAGGUGGUGUGGUAGACUCGACGGCUACGAAGCAAACGGUGACGGCUGUCUCGUCGGCUGA